CUUUUUUAUUUUCUGCUGGAAAGACCGGCUCCUCCUUUUUCAGUGUUUUUGGAUUGAAAGAACAAAUCAGCAGCAUAUAGGGGAGGAGGAGGAAUAUCCAGCGAGCUGACAGGGAGCUUCACAUCGUGGCCGAUGACUGGACGAACGAACUCUAACCCGAACCAUCGGCUUGCCGCUAUUCAUGGGGUGGGCAAUCCAAACGAGCUAUAUUUUCCUCUAUGCACCAGUGUCAGUCCAGUGUAUGCCCGCGGUAGUCCGCCGCUCACAAACUCCUUCUCAAACUCCUUGCCAGGUCCCGCGAUGCCCUAUCGCCGGGAGAUGACGAUUCGCGCGGUGUCACCAGACAUUGAACUGGAGGGGGGGGAGGAUACGGAUGGUUCGUUAACCGCACAGCAUUCACCUACCACGCCACCACGAACGCCUUCCAGAUCCUCGAAUAAGUCGGCUUCCAUGUUUGAUACGUUGGGGAGGGAUCCAGCAGAACCGUCUACUCCUUCUUCGCCGGGGAAGGCGCGGGCUCUGCUAAACCGGACGCCACUGUCAGGUUUCCCACAGUUCGCAGACUUGAGCAUCGGCAGGAGUAAGAAUGGGUCUCCGGUAGAUGAGAGGAAGAAGAGGACCUCUCCCUCUUCCGGUGACAGGCCUGGUACUACAGACACUAUGUAUUCUUCGAGCACAUCCUCGUACGGUUCUCGAUAUCGUAACUUUGCUUCUAGUUCAUCUCACGAAUCAUCCGACUCGAUACCCGCCUCCGUAGGGUUCCCGUCGACUACUGCCCUAUCUCCAAUCCAUGCGAAGCCACCCGGUAAACCCAGUCGACAGCGGUUCCUCCGGCCGCAGAAUUCAGUCAACGCACUUAACUCUGGUGCCAAGGCUUCUGAUGCACACUUCGCGUCUCCACCAGCUACACCUGCUGACACGAGCACUAUAUUACGGUUGAUGAAGGAUGUGCGGGGGAGGAUGGAAGGUCAUGUGGAAUUUCGGGUUGGCGAUACUAUGACAUGGACUAAGGGAUAUUGUCUUAUCAAUGAGGACACUGGAAGCUUGGUUCACCAGAGGGAGGAGAAUAUCAAUUCGACCCCUCUCAGUGUUAUAGUGCCGGACUUGCGCAGCUGCAAGGUGAAGAGUAUAGCGGUAUCGGAUGAGGCUAGCGACGGGAUUAUAGAGAUUUCCACGCAUUCUACAAAUAUUACUAUCAAACUUCGUCCGAUGGAUCCCAAUCACUUUAUGCCCUGGCUUGCAGCGCUGCUCUGCUGGCAGCCAAUAGCACCUGCGGGGGCCCAGAACAAAAUGGUGAAGCCACAAGCUUUUGUGUUGGCUCAGGAGAGGAAGGCGGAUAGAAGGAGAAAUUCGGAUGCAACCUCUUCAAAGGAUGCUGCGAUCAUCAAAGUUGGGAAAAUGCUGAAAUGGAGAAGGGGUGGGCCGACUGUUGUCACUACAGCUUCCUCGACAUCGGGCAAGGGGUCAAGCAGGAACAAGGGGCACACCGGAGCUGUCGCUUGGCAGAAAGUCUCAUGUACUUUGCAGGAGAAUGGCGAAUUUAGGCUAUAUACUGAGCUGGAUACCGCACUUCUGGCUGUGAUUCAGCUGAGCCAGCUUUCCCGAUGCGCUGUGCAACAGCUGGAUCCUAGUAUUCUUGACAAGGAAUUCUGUAUAGCAAUAUACCCACAGUAUACGCCUUCCUCAAAUGUCUCCCUGGCCAGGCCUGUUUAUCUUGGUAUAGAUAGUCGGAUACUGUUUGAAGUGUGGUUUGUGCUACUUCGGGCAUUCACCAUGCCGGAAUUGUAUGGACCUGCGGGAACUGCUUCCUCAUCGAAUGGUCGUCCGGCCCCAGAUAUCGCUACCGGGAUAUCGGAACACCCUGCCGCUGAGGGAUUGGUGGAUUCGUACCGCAUACAACGGAGCUUAUUCCUGCGGGUGGUGGAGGCGAAGAUAUCGAUGCCUGGUGCCGAGCACGGAGGGAAGGACAACAUGGAUUGCUAUGCAGAGGUGGUGUUGGAUGGGGAGGUCAGGGCCAAGACCAUGGUUAGGACAAAAACUCAUAAUCCUUUCUGGAGGGAGGACUAUGAGUUUCCCGACUUACCUGCUAUAUUAUCAGAUGUGGGCGUGGUGUUGAAGCAAAGGCAUCCGAGAUGGAAGACGAAGGGUUCGGGAUCUGUCACUGGGUCGGGGGGCUUUGGCGGAGGGCUUGGUGGAGUUAGUGUGCCGGGUAGCAAGGAUGCCGUUAUUGGUACUGUGGAGAUUCAAUUUGAUGAAUUAGGGAUGGAGACUGAUACCGAACGAUGGUGGCCGCUGAUGUCUACCGCAAAGGGCGCCGAAGAGAGGAUCGGUGAGAUGUUUUUGAAGAUUGGAAUGGAGGAGUUAAUUGUACUCAUGGCUCUUGAGUAUAGGGAACUUUCGGAGCUGUUACAUAACUUCUCGAGUGGCAUCACAAUGGAGAUAGCACAAGUUGUUGGCCCGGAUCUUCGGCGAUUAGCGGAUACUCUUCUCAAGAUCUAUCAGGUCAGCGGAAAAGCGAGUGAAUGGCUGAUGUCCUUGGCUGAGGGCGAGAUUGACGGGUUGCACAAGGAGCCCCCACCGGUAAGAUUAGGGAAGCAUAGGGACUCCAACGAAUCUAAUUGUGACUCGGAUCAAUAUCGACGCGAUGUGGGAAAGGCCGGACUUGUUGAUGCCAAUAUUCUGUUCCGCGGGAAUUCCCUCCUCACAAAAGCUCUCGAUGCCCAUAUGAAACGGCUUGGUAGGGAGUACCUCGAGGAAACGCUCGGCGAACUUCUCAGGGAAGUAGCGGAAGAGGAUACAUACUGUGAGGUCGACCCGUUACGCAUGGAGCCUGGCGAGAACUUGAUGAAGAAUUGGAGGAUUUUGAUGGGGAUUGUCAAGGGGAUUUGGAAGGGGAUAUAUAAUAGUCAUGAAAAGUGCCCGAUGGAGUUGAGGAAGAUACUGCGGCAUAUUAGAGCUUGCGUGGAGGAUCGGUAUGGGGACCUGCUGAAGACUGUGUGUUAUAGUAGUGUCUGCGGGUUCUUGUUCUUGCGGUUCUUCUGCCCGGCGAUUCUGAAUCCGAAGCUUUUUGGACUCCUGAAAGAUCACCCCGGAGUAAGGGCGCAACGAACAUUAACUCUUGUCGCCAAGAGUCUGCAAGGGCUCGCGAAUAUGUCGACUUUCGGUGUCAAGGAGCCGUGGAUGGAGCCAAUGAAUGAAUUCCUUGGGGCACAUAGUGCUGAGAUGAAGUCGUUCGUCGACGCCAUCACCACAAUCCCCCCAUCCCCAUACCCGACCGAAACCGUGCCCCCAUCAUACGCAACCCCAAUCACCAUCCUCUCCCGCCUCUCCCAGCCAUCAAAGGAGGGUUUCCCCUCCCUCCCAUACUUGAUCGACCAACCCCGCGCUUUCGCCUCACUCGUAUCAAUGUGGCAGAAGUGGCAUCCCGUCUACCAAGACAAAGCUCCAGACUACCACCUCGAAGGCGACCUCGCCCGUUUCCAUAAAAUAUGCUCAGAGAUCCAGGAGCGCAUAAACAUCUGUGUAUCAAAAGCCGAGAGCGCACAGCGGCCCAGCAGCUCACUCAGUGCACGCUGGGAAGAGGUCGCGGAAAAGGCUACCGGGAGUCCUCUAUUGGCCCCUGGACAGGCUUCUUUCUCGACCAUACCUGGGAAAGGGCAUCGGGUAGUUGGCCUACCCAGUGCGCGAGGCUCCGAGGAAGACUACCACCAUUCCGGCGCGACGAGAAGUAAACUUAGUGGGUUCGUGGGCGGCUUUAGGAAAAAAGUGAAAAGUCGCGGGACAUUUGCUGGGUCGGAAGAUGAAUGAUUGUUACGGCUUUUUUUUCUUUUUCACCAUCUCUUUCCCGGAAAUCCUUUUCUUUACCUUCCCCCCUUUUUUUCUUUUCGGUCAUCUAUCGUUCUCUACCCUUCCUAGUUCCUUUAUCAUCAUGCUAUAGACGGGGGCAUUGGUUUUCGGGAAAAAGCAAAACGCUUCAACUUACUUUUACAAAAGUUUUUUUUUUGUUCUUUCACUUUGGGAUUUUGGGAUUCAUGUUUCUUGAUUUUUUGGGGGGUGGGGGGUUAGUAACCUUGUUUGCAGGUAAGGUUAGGAUGUGUUUGGAAUUGGAUUGAACCACACGGGAAUGGCCUGGAUCGGAUUGUACUGGAAUUAACCUGGGAAUGGAUGGAAACGGAUGGAUCGGAUGGAAUUGGUGCCGUGGAGUAGGGUUCUUUUUACUUUAUCAUUUCACUCUACCUUAUUAGUAUCUCUUUUGUUCAUUUUUUUUAUUUUAACGCUACAAUGUCUCAUUUGGUCUAGGUGUCCUUUUUUCUCAUUACUUUUCAUCUUUUCAUUAAGUGUUGGUCAGGUAGGAAGGCAAUUGAUGUUUAAGGACAGCUUAAUGUAUUCGUUGGUGGGUUAGCUUGUAGGAGAGGGGUUGGUGGGUCGGAAAGUAGUAAAAUAAGAUAUUCUAGAAGAUUUGG